AGGAACCCUCAGCCGAGCAAACAGGUGCGGGCAGCUCGUCCGUGCGGCUUGGGCUGGGCAGGGGCUCUGAAGCCGCCGAGCAUGACUAGUCCUGGCACAAAGGGCUCCUGGCUCUCGCAGCCCACAGUGAAGAGCGUGCUGGUGUAUCGCAACGGGGACCCUUUCUUCCCCGGGCGCCGUAUUGUCAUCAACGAGAAGAAAGUGUCCAACUUUGAUGUGUUCCUGAAAGAGGUGACAGGCGGUGUGAAGGCGCCCUUUGGAGCUGUGCGGAACAUCUAUACCCCCAGGGGUGGGCAUCGUGUCCGUCAGCUGGAGGAGCUCCAGAGCGGAGAGCAGUAUGUGGCUGGUGGCAGGGAAGCCUUCAAGAAACUCAACUAUUUGGACAUUGGAGAAACAAAGAAAAAACCUGCUGAAGUCAAUAAUGAGGUCAAGCCGGUUACUCACAGUAGAAUCACUGUGUCAGCACGGUUUCGAAAGCCACUCCAGGAGCCCUACACUAUUUUCCUGAUUGCCAACGGAGACCUUAUUAGCCCUGCAGUGCGCCUCCUCAUUCCCAGGAAAACACUGAAUCACUGGGAUCAUAUUCUUGAAAUGGCUACAGGAAAAGUUACCCUCAGAAGUGGAGCUGUUCACAGACUUUACACCUUAGAUGGAAAACUUGUUCAGAAUGGGUCAGACCUGGAGAAUGGGCAAAUUUAUGUUGCAGUGGGUAGAGAAAAGUUUAAGAAAUUGCCGUAUGGUGAUCUGCUGUUCAGCAAAUCUACACUGAAAAGACCUCAGGGUUCCAAAGCCUCUGCACUACCUCCAAUUGUGGGAACUCGGAAGUCUAAAGGCAGCGGAAAUGAUCGGCAGUCUAAAUCUACUGCUGGAUCCAGUGACCAGGGAGAAAACUCUUCCUCGCCUCAGCUUCCUGAAGGGAAAGACAAAAAAAGCCAGAAUCCAGAGAAUUCUGUGUCCAGACAACACUUUUCUAGCAACUCUGCAGAAGUAAACCAGACAGAAACAGCCUCCACAGUAGUCCUUCAAUAUAAUGGUGAAGAUAUUUACAAAGCCAGAGAAGAGGGGCCUGAAAUGUGGGGGGCAACUGAAGUGCAGGAAGAUGAAGAUACUCUUGUAGAAGUUCCGCUGGAUCAGAGACCAGCAGAAACUGUCGAUGAAGAAGAAAAUGUAGAAGAGGAAAAUGACAGGGGAGAGGAGGCAUAUGAAGGAGAGGAAGAAUAUCCAGAAGUGAAUGGAGAGCAAAGCGGGGAAAAUGUUAAAGAAAGAAGUGAAGGGGAAGAAAACAAAAAGAAAUUAGAUGAAAAUUAUGAAGGUGAAGCAGAGGGAACAGAGAAUGUUGACCAAGUGGAGGAAGAGGAACUUGCCCAUUUAAAUGGCAAGAACAAUGAAGAGGAUGGUGAGGGAAUGGAGCACUUGAACUACCAAAGUGAUCUUCAGCCUGAAGAAGAAACAAAAGAGGAUUCUGGCAAUCAGAACCAGGUUGAUUCCCAUCUGGAAAAAACAUCCACGACUCCAAGGGUGACAAUCACCAGUCCACAGGAAAGUGAAAAGAAUGACCAGAGCAAUGACUAUGCAGCAGUUGCAUAGAUAGGAAAAAAGUAAUGAGCAGAAAAUGAGAGAUUGUAAUACUUUAAAUAUUAAAGCAUGUUAUAUUUUGUGAUUGGUAACUAGUAAUAGGAAGGCAGGUUGAGUACCCGCAUAAUAAGUAUUGAGAUGAUAAUGCAAUAUGGACUGAUAGAAAACAAGCAUUAGUAGCUACUAGAAGAACGUAGAAUUAUUUUUACAGGGUGAGAUUUUCUGAUAGGAUUUAAGGGGGGGGAAUACAAGAGUACUGCAUAGUAGUAUUAGAAAUAAUGAAUGAACUAUUCUGUGGUAUGAGAUAGUUAGCAGUAAUAGAACAACCACCAAAAUUACACUGUUUCAGGGAAAGGAAAAAACCCCACCCAAAUUCAAUGUCAAAACUUCUUCGCAUAUUUUUUCAGGAAAAAAAGAGACACUUUUUUACCUUUUAGUAAGGGCAUAUGUAGUUUUUUCUUUAAAAUUCCACAUAAUAUGUAUGAUUUUCAGGCAUAAUAUUAAGAUAUAAUUAGAAUAUGUUCCUCAAUUAAUGGACUUAUGCCCACAGAAAAUGGUGUACUAUCGUAAGGUGCCAGUUCUAAUGUUACUAAAUAGUGGAUUUUCAAUAUGUUAAUAAGAAUCGUUAGUUUUUGCAUACAUAAAUAGUACUUACUUAGCACUAUGCCUUUAUGUAGAUAGCCUGCAAUACUGCAGGUAGUUUCCAUUUAAAGCACCAAGUUUUCUUGAUUGUCCUGCACUGAUUCACUAAACAGUGAAUUGUUAUCAUAGCGAACAAAAAAUAGAGUAUGCAAUAGAUUAGUUUAAAAAGUUGAAUUUGGAUGGAUUUGUCAUUCAGUCUACAUGAAAUUAAAUUUAUUAGUGAAA